UGAUAGAGUCCUAGACCUGUACAGUAUGUUUAUGUUUUUGGAAGAGAAUGGGAGGAUCACCCGUGAUCUGUUUUUCAGGAAACGAAAUCGCUUUAGCGUUUGGAAGUAGUUAGUGCAGCCCUUCAGAUUUGAUCUGAAUAAACACAGGUUUUUUCAAGGAGAGAUAGCAGAAAGAACAUCAUCAUGGCACUUGGUAGAGCGCCAAAGAUUAUUUCAGAAGUGAAAGAAUUUAUCCAAGAUCUGAAAAGAAAUUAUGAAGACACUCAACUGCCUGUUUCAGAUGACAGUGUUCCUCUUCACAAGCUAUGUGCAAAGUUAGAAUACAUGCUCCAGAUCGACAUGAAGCCUUCAGCAAGGUCUGGAAUGUUUGCAGGCAAGAAAGACUAUUGGGAUUAUAUUUAUCAGUGCCUUUAUAAGGUCAAAGGACUUGAUGAUGGAAUAAGAUUUGUCAGAGCUAAAAGUGAGGUCAAAACAUCUCUCGGACGUGGGAGGGCAUUUAUCCGUUACAGCCUUGCCCAUCAUAGACUUGGGGAUAGUCUUCAGCAGUGCUUCAAUAAUCAGAAAAUUACAAGCGCUUGGUACAAUCCAAAUUCAUUACUACUCAAUCCCAGCCUCUAUGGUCCGUUGGUUAAUGACCUGUAUGACCUCAAUGACCUACAGUUUGACCUGGCUCCAUCAGGUCAUGACCUUGAUGCUGCAUGGCCAACCCAUUCACGUCAUGUAAUGGGUCCAUCACCAGGGAUGUACAGUUCAUGGCAGCCACCAAGUAGGACAGAGAGUCUCAGCAGCUUAAGCUCACAGCCUAGUACACUAGAUGGCUACCCUAGUCCUACUGCAGAGUCUCGUCAAAUCAUAGGAGAGGAAAGAGCAUUACAUCAAGCACAGACAGAGUUAGAAGAAUGUGAACAGGUCAAUCGUGAAUUACGCAAACGCAUCAUACAGCUAGAGAGUGAUAAUGAUGAUAUGCAUCGUCUUGCCAUGGAAACAGAAGAACGAUUGAGUAGCACGCAGUCAGAUUUGGAGAGAAAGGUUCAACAGCUGCAAUAUGAGCUAGAGAAGUCUUCCAAAGAGUCACUAGAUAUUACUGAGAAAAUGAACAGAUCUGAAGAGAAUUGGAGAAAAAAGAUAGAAGAUGCUGAGAAGGUAAACAGUGAUUUGUGCAGCAGGCUAGAAGCUACAAACAUUCAGCAUGCCAGCCAAGCCAAGCUAUGGCAGGAAGCUGAGCGUGAUCACCAAACCAAGUUGAUUGAGGCAGAGAGAUCUUUAGCCGAGGUCAGGGUUGAACUCACUGGGUUCAAAGGUGAACUAGAUACAAUAAAAGGAAUGGAAAUGAGGAAAGAUAAAACAAUCCAUAGUCUUGAAGAGAAAGUUGAUGGCAUGGAGACUAAGAAUGCAGAACUUUUGAAGAAGAUGGAAGGGAUGGUGGACAGUAAAGAUGCAGAGGUGGCAAACCAUCUGCAGUCUGCAAACAAAGUUCAUGAACUCUUGGACAAGCUGUCGGAAGCAGAGAGCAAGAACUUAGAACUACGUGGAGAGAAAGAUGCCCUCAGUCGCCAGAUUGAACUUUUGGAAGACAAUCACAGCUCUCAAGAAAAGGAUAUUGUUGCCAAAGUGGCAGAUCUUGAGAUGAUUCUCUCAAAGAAAGAAAGCGAGAAUAAAAUAAUGAAUGAGAAUAUUGCAGCUCAAGAUGUGAAACAUGACUGUGUGGUUCAGGAACUUCAGGCAAUGGUUAGUGCUCUCAAAGAAGACAAAGAAAAAUUACAAUGUGAUUUAAAUGAGCACUUGCAGAAGUUUGAGAAUUCAAGUAAAUCAUUUGAAUCAGUGCAAAAUGAAAAUAUGCAGUCAAAGACAGCCAUAGCUAGUAUGCAGCAAAAGAUGGUUGAACUUCAAAAAGACACUGAAAGGUUAAGAAAGGAACUUCAUGCAGCUGGAGUGAAGAAUGAAGAAUUUAAGGCACGCAUAAAACAUACUGAGGGAGUCUGUCAAGAAAGGCAAAAAGAAAUUGAUGAUUUGGAUAAAGAAAUUAAAGAGCAAGUAUCCAAAAACACAGAUAUUAAUGGACUUCUUGAGAGUGAGAGAGGAAGAACUGCUAAUCUUGAAACACAAUGCAGAGACAAUCAAAACAAAGUGAUUGAGAUGGAAAAGGAGAAAAGUAAGCUAAUGCAACAAUUCAAAAUUGUAAUGAAAAUGCUUUCAUUGGGAGAAGAAGCAAGUAUUGAAAGAGAGUCUUUGCAGGGGAGCAAUGAUGAACCUGAUAGUGCUGAUGCAAGAGGAACUUUGAUUACUCAGCAUUUAUCAAGGAUGGUUUCAGAGAAGGACAAUGCCUUACAAUUAGUGAAAGAACUGCAGGUUGAAAAUCAAAGCCUAUCAAAAGAAGUUGAGAGAUUGACUGAAAAAACUGUCCAUGAUUCUGAGGAUGUUAGUCAAAAAGCAGAUCUUGUCAUUAAGACUGAGAAAGAGAUUGGUGAUCUUCAACUAAAACUAGACACCAUGGGAAAAAUGCUAGAAAGCAAGGAGAAAAGUUUGCAAACCCAAAGCAUUGAGAGGCAGAGGAUUGAAGGCCAACUUCAAGAAGCAAUGAAUGAGAAGGAGAAGUUGGAGAUGGACAUAGUAAGGUUACGUCUCGCGAUCGACAGCAAGGACAAGGAGCGAGAUGCCUUGAUCAUGGAUAAGACAACACUAGAAUUGGCUAGAGAUGGUUUGGAGAAAGAUAAAGAAAUUAGCAAACAAGAAAAAGAUGGAAUGGAUAAGAAAUUAGGAGAACAAGUAGAGGUGAUCUCAAAGUUGAUGGCAGAUAUUGAGCUUUUGAAAGCGCAGAAGCAGGAGGCGGAGGAAGGAAGGGAUAGUGUCCUAAAGCAACUAGAUAGGGAGAGACUGACCACAAGAGAACUUGAAGACACAGUAGAGGAUCUCAAGAGACUUCAAGAAGAAACAGUUUCAUUAGAACAGGUUUAUGAGGAGCGAAAGACAAAGAUGACGCAGGAACAUGCUGACAAAGUAGAGUUCUUGACUGAACAGUUCCAACUUUUAAAAGAGGAACAAGAAAAGACAAGCGGAGAACGACUUCACUAUCAGGAGCAAUCAGAAGAUUUCAGCAAGGAGUUAGAUCAGGUCAAAGAAAGAUGUGAAAUCUUAGAGACUGAAAAUAAAGCUGUUAGAGACAAAAACAAUGACCUCAACAUGGAGAUCCUGCGUAUGCAGGAGGAGGUAGAACUAUCCAAAACAGAACGUAUUGAGAUCACAGAUAAGUUAGAGCAGGUUAGCACCGAGACCUCCAAGAGCUUACAGGAAACCAAGCUAGAGAUGGAACGGCUACAGGGAAAGGUGGAGCAGGAGGAAGAAAGAUCCAGGAGAAUCAAGGAGUUGGAAGAAAUCCUGGAGAAGGAGAAGGAGAAAGGACAGUCUGCUGAAGCAAAGACUCAAGAAGCAGAGGAAGAGACACAUAGGGUACGGAGUACAUUGGAAGAGGAGAUCUCAGCUCUUAAGUUUCAGCUCAGCUCUGAAGCCAUGCAAUAUCAACAAACACUUCAGGGAUACCAUGAACAAGAAAGUGAUCUUGAGAGCUUGAAGAUUCAGAAUAAUGAACAGCAACAAACGAUCCAAGAACUCAGUAAUGAAAUAGAGACUGUCAAGAAACAAAGCAAUCAAGAUAAAAUCAACUUUCAAAAGAAGCUCUCAGAACAGGAAAAUGAAAUUGCAAGGCAAGAGCAGCAGAUCACCAUACAUGAAGCCAGUGUUGAAGAGUUAUCAAGAUGUCUUGAAGAAGAAAAAAGAAAAAGUGUUUCAUUACAGUCAGAGGUGACGGAACUACGGAAUGAAAGCGGAAACCGAGUGACCAGUCUAGAAAAAGAACUUGCUUUGGCUGAAGAUGACAAUGAACAAUUAAAGAAACAGCUUGUGAAACUCAUCAAGGAAAAGGACACUUUGUGGAAAAGGACAGAGAAAUUGGAGUACCAUAGAAAAAUGAAAGCAUCUGAAAGAUGGCUAGACGAUAAACAGGUGACUCAGUGCAUGUCCUGUAUGUGUGAGUUUAGUCUGACUGUUAGGAAACAUCACUGCCGUCUUUGUGGAAGAAUAUUUUGUGCAAAAUGUACAGACUUCUUUGUACUGACCUCCCAUAGCAAGAAGAAGAGCCGAGUGUGUGAGCAGUGUUACGUAGGUCACCAGCAUUCCCUGGAGGCUGCUAGUGUCAAUACAUCUAUCAUAUCAACCAACUCUCAUGAUGAUAGCCUAGAUGAUGGUCAUCCUUCCAAUCAGAGUACAAGAGACAUGCCGGGUGGGUCAAGCUCUGUUGCUAGUGAUGAAGGAUUGUCAGAUGUGAUGUCAGAGAGUGUGAACAGUGAGCCUGUCACCAUGGAUGAUGUUGAUGAAUCACUAAGGAUUGUGGGAAUGGAUGCAAUAGCCCAAGGUGAUCCUAAACAUAGGUUAAAUCGAGAAGACAUGGUACCUUCUCCAACCCUCACCUCUGAGAAUACUGCAUCAGAACCUGACUUUGAUAUAAUUGGUGAAGAUGAAGUAUCUGCUGCUAGACAAGAUGAAAAAGACAAUGAGGAGAAUGAGAGGGAUUCCAAACCUGAUGAAAAUACCAGAACUGAUGGUCAAUUGCUGAGUGCAGAUGAGCUAGAAGGAGAAGGGUUAACUGGAGAAGAAGUAACUGUAGCUGCUUAUCAGAAGCAUCAUCUACCUGUAGCUAUCAAUGAUGUGGGUCUCAUGCUAUGCUGGGAGUUUGUUUCAUCCCCAAAGAGUAUUGGUUUCUCAGUAGUAUUUCAAGACUCUUCAGAUACUACCUCACCUCAAGAAGAGUUGAUACCUCUUUGUAAAUGCAACUCACAUCAACAUGCUGUCCAAGGAGAACUCUUAGCUAGGAAACCUGGAAUAUAUACCCUUAUCUUUGAUAACAAAUUUUCAAGGUUUACAAGCAAAACAGUGAAGUACAGUCUCACUAUCAAUAGGCCGGAAGCAGCAUACUGAUUAUCAAUACUUGAUUUUUUGAUGAAGUAAAGUGCAAAUAUAAU